GACGAGGACUGGGAGCCCAAGCAGAUCACCUACGACGCGCUCAAGCCCAAGACGCUCGCCCCGAGCCCCGACACGGUGAUCGUCGACGUGCGCGAGCCCGCCGAGCUCCUCGAGGGCCACAUCCCGACCGCGCACAACCUCCCGCUGACGCACGUCCUCGCGGGCGGCUUCGCGCUCGACGCGCCCGCCUUCGAGGCGCAGUUCGGCUGGGCGAAGCCGCGCAAGGACCAGGAGGUCAUCAUCUACUGCAAAAAGGGCAAGCGCUCGUCCAUCGCGGCCGACUCGGCCAAGAAGGCCGGGUACACCAACAUCGUGGAGUACAGAGGCUCUUGGCUCGACUGGGCGACGCGCGAG